GGCGGAAGUGCACGGCGAGGCGAGCGGCCUCCCGAGACGCGGCGGCUCAGGGAGCGCAAGGGCUGAGCUCAUUGAGAGUGUAUUUGACAUACAGAGAUCUGCACAUGGUUAGUAGGUGCAAUUGGAUGAAUUUGCACAUGUGCAUUGCACCUGUGAUACCGUCGCCACCGUCAAGCCUUAUUUCCUUGUUUAGGAAUUGACUCAACAAGCAGAAGACUGAACAAAGGGGAGGAAACCAAGAAAGGCCACUUUGGAAGCCCUGAAUGCGGCAACAUAAGAACAAUGGAUCUCAAGUUCAACAACUCCAGGAAAAACAUUUCCAUCACUGUCCCAUCUAAAACCCAAACAAUGUCACCACACAUCAAGUCCAUAGAUGACAUUGUAGUGCUUGGCAUAAAUCUCAGCAAAUUUAACAAACUUACUCAAUUUUUCAUAUGCGUUGCCGGAGUUUUUGUAUUUUACCUAAUUUAUGGAUACCUACAGGAAUUAAUAUUUUCCAUGGAGGGUUUUAAGCCCUAUGGCUGGUACCUAACUUUAAUGCAGUUUGCAUUUUACUCCAUAUUUGGCCUAAUAGAACUUCAACUUAUUCAGGACAAAAGGAGAAGAAUACCAGGAAAAACCUACAUGAUAAUAGCUUUUCUAACUGUGGGUACUAUGGGGUUGUCAAACACUUCUUUGGGCUACCUGAAUUACCCUACCCAAGUCAUCUUCAAGUGCUGCAAAUUGAUCCCCGUUAUGCUAGGAGGAGUUUUUAUUCAAGGGAAGCGCUACAACCUGGCCGACGUGUCUGCUGCCCUGUGCAUGAGCCUGGGCCUCAUCUGGUUCACCCUGGCCGACAGCACCAUCACCCCAAACUUCAACCUGACAGGUGUGGUCCUCAUCUCCCUGGCCCUCUGCGCAGACGCUGUCAUCGGGAAUGUGCAGGAGAAGGCCAUGAAGCUGCACGGCGCCUCCAACUCGGAGAUGGUCCUAUACUCGUAUUCCAUCGGUUUUGUGUACAUUUUAUUGGGACUGACGUGCACUAGUGGAUUGGGCCCUGCAGUCGCAUUUUGUUCAAAGAAUCCGAUUCGGACCUACGGUUAUGCCUUUCUUUUCUCCCUCACCGGGUAUUUUGGAAUCUCCUUUGUUCUGGCUCUGAUUAAAAUCUUUGGGGCACUGCUUGCUGUGACAGUCACCACAGGAAGGAAAGCCAUGACCGUCGUGCUCUCGUUCAUGUUCUUCUCAAAGCCCUUCACAUUCCAGUAUGUCUGGUCAGCUCUGUUGGUUGUCCUUGGUAUAUUUCUCAAUGUUUACAGCAAGAACAUGGAUAAAAUAAGACUGCCGUCACCGCUUGAUCUGAUACAAAGGCCAGCCCCGGCGAGGAAGUCCUGGCCUUUGGCACAGACGGUGUAGGUGGUGACUGCCCCACUCGAGUCGAUUCUGGGGGUGUCAUCGUGGUGAAUCAGCUUUCCAAAGGGGCCGUUAGGCAAACCAGCGGGUAUGAGGGCGUACUGGCCUCGGGAACACAUGGCACGGGCUCUGCCUCUUCCUCCACGUACCUGCGGGUCUGCAGUCAGGAGAGCCCCGCUAGCCACCCUGGAGUGUAGUGCCUCUGGGAGGGCUGUGCCCCCCGGGGAGGGCAUCUCUGGGGUGGAGUCGGCUGCAGGGCUGGUGACCCAGGAGACACCACGAAGAAGCAGCGCGUGUGGCCUGCUGCCUGUGCCCGUCCGUGCUGCUGGCGUUAUUUAUGUGAUUCUCUGUUAUAAGAGUGAACUGAUGAUUGAAAAUCCAGAGAGAAUAAUUUCAUUGUAAAUAAAAUUGUUUGGUGAUUUUUUUUUUUCUAAAGAACAUAUUCAUAGAACUUUGUUGUAAAGCGGAAGUGAAGGUUGGAGCCAGGCUCUCCAUUGAUUUCAAAACUUAGGCUUCUGUCUGGUCAUUGAAAAGUGUUCUUCUGAGAAACCAGACUUGAGGUUUCUAUGGAGGUGGUGAGCAGAGCCGGUGUUGGUGAGGGGCCCGCCCUGGGAGAGCUGCCGCAAGGGUGGUGGCGUGUUAACGGGCAGGAAACCGCACCUACAUCAUCUUAAAAUGGUAGUCUGUGCAUAAAUUGGAAUUUAAUUUGAUAGCUUCAAGAUGGAGGAGGCCAAAUCUAAGACACACAGGCAAACUCAGCAGGUAUGUACAAUUUGUUGCAUAGUUUUGUGUCUAAAGAUUUGAGACUUAUUUCCAAUGAUUUUUUGGCAGUGAAUUAGGAAUUGUUUCUACUGCAUUAAAAGUAUCCUAUUAAUGUUGGUGUUUAGUGUAAGCCACAAUGGUGACAGAAGCUCCUAGUAUGUAUGCUGGUGCCGGGGCCCCUUGCACGCUGUGACUGUAACUUGCUGAGGGUUUUCAGUCUCGUUCCUAAAGCUCACUGUAUUCUAAUGGGGCUGACCUGUCCCUGGGAGGGCCCCCCAGCCAUGACCUUCUCACCAGGAGAGAGUGACCGCUUCUGUUCGUCAUCAGUUAAAAUAGUCCUAGGUAAGACAAUAAGCGCCGUGCUAUUUGAAAAUGCCAGUGUCCCCAAACCCUCACUGGCUGACUCCCGGGCCACGUUGCAUCCAGGCCUCAAGGACACCUGCAGCUCGCCUCCAAGCCCGGCCUAGCUUCCCUUCCUGACAACCCUCUCCAGGCAGCCUGGCAGCUCUGUCUACACCCACCCCGCGUUGCCCAGAGUCUCUCUGUUGGAACAGAAGCCUUGUCAGGUGGCAGAGCUGCUGGCCUGCGCACGAGGGGUUCUGUAAUCAUUGCAGUGACAUUAUGAAGAAACGGCUCGCUCGAGUGACUUCCUGCUCAGAAACACAGACGGAACCAUGUGUACUACAGGCGCUUCGGGAGGAGGGGGUUCAGAAUAGCACCAUGAUGAUGACGAAUACGAUGGUGACGACGGUGGCAUUUGGAGAGGAUGAAGACAGUAGUGGGUGAGGAUAAACAAGAUGGUGGUGGUGGUGAUGACAGUGGAGAUGAUGACAGCGGCGAUGAUGGCGGUGAUGUACUUGAUCGUGAUGAUGGUGACGGUGGUGAUGAUUGUGGAGAAAAUGGAGAUGAUGGUGGUGGCGAUGAUGAUGACGUUGGCUUUAGCAAUGACAGGUGAUGGCUCAUUUCUCGCUCUGUUCUGAGCUGUUACCAGGCAUUCCUUCUCUGUUUUUGCAGUAAAAAUCUGCCGGCUAUUUCGGUCAGUUGCCUUGUCAGUUGUGCGCGCGCGCGCACACACACACACACACACACAUACACACACAAACACAUGAGCUCCCCACACUUCAUUCAUGUCAGAACUCAACAGCUUGAGUAGCACAAAUAUUCUGCAGUCACUCAUGAAAAGAAAUUUUUAAUAAUAAAUAUCUAACAAUUAAUGGGCUGGUAGCUGCGAUUGUCUUCAGGGCAUACUAUCUAAUUUCCUUGCAAUGUUUCAUAUCCUUACUUUUCACGCUGCAACAGUCUAUCAUUAAAACCAAAUGCAGGUUUCUAUCACUUUUAUUUAUUUUUCAAAUCAACUUAUAAAUCAGUGCCAGGCCUUGUUACAGAUGAGUUCCAAUAAAUUAUCGGCGGUGGACAAAUUCUGAAUGUUAAACACUCCCGUCCCUACCUCCCGCCCUGUCUCCCUCUCUAUUGUUUGCUCUCUGGCUCCGGUGGUACUUCCCAGUGCUCUGGGCUGCUGAGCUCACGGACCUGCUUUGGGUGCGAGUAGCAGAGGGCCUGGUACUUAAUUAUGUGCUAUUUAAAUAAUGCAAAGAGACAUUUAUUUUUCAGAGAGAAAUAUCAAUAUAGGAGACAAGAGUCAUUUCCUAGUCCUUGGGAAAUUUACCUUUCUGAAUUUCAAAAGUGAAAGCGUUCUCAUUAGAGGCUUCUCCAAAUGGCCCCGUCACCUGCACGAGUCCCUGGGGCACUGCCCAGCUCUGCCUGGGGGAUGGGUCACAGGACCAGUGUCCGCUGGUGUGGGGUCUGCAGAAUGCACAGGAAGCAGACACCCCUCCUGAGAAGAAGAGCAGAGACGCCAUCUGAACGCAGCCUGGGAGACCACAUGCACACACGCGUACCGUGACUGGACCAGCCUCUCCCACAGCCACGGGCGCCUCCAUGGUGGCGUGAAACCAGCCUGAAAGCCCUGUCCAGAGGCGUCCACCUUGCGGAAAAAAACAAAUAAAGAAACUCUCAUGGACGCCAUCACACACCUCAGCAGGGAUGAGAAACUUCCCGGCUCGCUCCUCCUCCCCUCCCCCUGAAAGCAAUUUAAUGCACUACUGGAGGUUGCCUGUUAAUUGGAGAAGAAAUGAAGUAGCGUGUGAGGGCUGGUCGGGAAAAAUGCUCGGUGUGUGUAUACAUAUAUGUGUGUGUACGUAUGUAUGUGUAUACCUACGUGUACACAAAGUAAACAACAGUAGUGCCUCAUUUUCUAAUUACAGGGCUGUUUCAUAAACUGUAAAUGCUAGCUGGGGAGAGGUAAAUCACAGCAAUUUAAUUAAUAAAGCGGUUUAGACACUUAAACCCAUAUGUGCCCCGCCCCCCAGGGUAGCACGUCGAUAAUAGAGGCUUGCAGGCCUAUUUUAGAAAUUUUGUGCAAUUAUUUGCAGAUCUUGUAGUCAAUAUUGGUACAAGCUGCUUUAACUCUUGUUUUGCCAGAAUUCACCAGGAGCAAGUUUUCAUUUGUUAAAUAGUCUCUUCUCUUUGGAUGGUCUCGGGUGAAUGGCAGGGAGGAGCUAAUUUCAUUCCCUAAAUCAGCAGGAGAGGAGGAGGCGCAGGAAGCCCUUGCAAGUGAACAGCAGAGCAUGGGCGCUCGUUCUCCCGGGAAGGCUAGGUGGGCUCCCCCGCCCUCCACCAAAGGGGAGAGACGGAGGCGGUCAGAGCCUGGAAAUUCACCAUUUGAAUUUCUUUUUAUAUCUUCUCUUUCAACGUCUAAGCUUUGGCAGUGAUGUCUAUGGCUAGACGCCUCCGUGAGAUGUCAAAUGCUGUGUGGCUUUGGAAAACAGGUGAGCUGCUUCGUGAAAAGGUAUAGCUGGCACUUUUGCUCCUAGGGGCGUCCUUCUUCCUAAGGGAAAGACAUGGAAACAUGUCUGCCAAAAACACGUUGUCCAUCGUGACAUUAUUUAUAGCCACACAGGGCAUUACCAAGGAGCCGGGCCCCUGACAGGCGGGCACACACUGUGUGGCCAGUGGGACAGUGUCCACCAACGGGCAGCAAGACCUUCAGCAAAGAUCAACCAGGUGAGGGUCAGGACACCCCCAGGACCCUGCAUUUACAGUCCCGUCAGACGGACAUCCAGAAAACGCAAAGUAGCGCUGUCUACCCCUGAGGAGAGGAAUUUGGGGUGAACUGACCAAGUUGAUGGGAGUAUUUUACUGUACAUUUAUGGUGGGGGACUCUUUGAUAUUUCAGUCUUCUUCCAUAAAGUUAUUUAAAAAUUGGGCUUCCCCGGUGGUACAGCGGUUGAGUGCUGGGUUGUGAAGCUGCCCGCAGCCUCUGCAGAGCCGGUUCCAUCCCCCGCUGCUCCCUGGCCACCGGAGGAGGGUCCCACAUGGCGCGCAGACCUCUCCUGCCGCCCACUGCUCCCCUCAGCAGUGUACUUCGGUCCUUCUGCCUGCUCUGCUCCCUGCUCUGGCUUUGGUGAAUUUUCUCACCCUCCCUCACUUCUGACUGUACCCAGUGCUUAUAUAAAUAUAUAAAUAAAUCUUUAAAAAAAAAGUUAUUUAAAAAUUGGGCCCAUGAGGCCAUAGGCCCCUCACCACUCCUGGGAAGGAAAAAGUAGUUUGUGUGGAAGCACAGUCCCCUCAAACAAUUAGUGGGUGUCCAAGCUCUUUGUCACCAUGAUCCACUAACCCUGGAUCAAGGUAGUCUUUUGCCUGUGACCUGGCCAGUUCAGCUGGCAUAUACUUGGACCCCAGGGGGCCAAUGGCUGUUCUUUCCACUUUUCAGUUCCCAUCAGAGUAGCUGCAGUGAUGAUAAUGAUGGUGGUGGUGAUGAGGAUGAUGGUGGUGAUUGUGGUGAUGAAGAUGGUGGUGGUGAUAUGAUGACGACAAUGGUGAUUGUGGUGAUGACUAUGAUGGUGGUGAUGAUGGUGGUGAUAAAGAUGGUGGUGAUGAGGAGGAGGAUGAUGGUGAUGAUGGUGGUGGUGAUGUGCUGACUAGGUGGUGUGCAUGUGAUAUGGUAUCACUUCCCUAAUCAAUGUAACAAUCCCGUCCAUGCUUGAGUCCAUCAGGGCAAAGGUUUCGUGGUGGGUGGACAUCCUGGGACUUGAGCCACGACAGCAGCUAGUGGCUCCGGGCUGCAGUGACCUGCCCCUCACUGACUGGAGGGAAGCAAAGAGGGGUACGUGGGUCAGGUCAACACCAGCUGCCAGGGGCUGCCCUGCAAAACCGGGGAGUGACACCUCUUUCUUCAGAAGCAUCUGCUUUGUUGGGCCUUGAUUAAUUGGCACAUAUUAUUUUUGUCAUUAAAAAUGAACUAAAAAUGCUUGCCCCCCCCCCAAAAAAAAAAACAAAAACAUAAGCACACAUCAGUUUGUUUCCAAACUUCUUGUCUCAGUUUUUCUUUUCAGCAAGAAAAAUUGAGCAACCACUGCUACCAUAUGGAUGGUCCUGCUCGGAGGUCAUCAAAACCUAACAGGUCAGGCCAGCAGUGGACUAGAAACGGGAACCAGCAGCCAGGCAGAAGCUCCACUCAGGCCCCCAGGCCCAUCCUGAGACCCGGAGUACGGCUGUCAGUGAAGCAGUCACAGCCUCUCCCGUGUCCUCAGCGGUGGUUAUGAAAACGAUCCUUCUGUGUUCCUGUGAAAAAGGCACCUAUUAGCUCAUCUUCCCGGUUUUGUGCAUUCCGGAUCCAAGGAACUCUGGAUCAGCAUUGGCAGAAAGCUGCCACCUGUAGGUCUUGGUGAUGACAUGCCUGCUCUCCCAGUAGUUCCCAAACCAGAUUCUCAGGCGUGCACGGGACCCUCCUCACAGACACAGCCAUGGCCAAAGUUCUCGAUAAGACCACUGGAGUUUAGCUCAAGAUCUGCAGCUAACAGUGUGUUGGAAGAGUUUUCUAGAAGCUAUCACUCCGACCAUGAAUGCAGUAAACAGCUAGAAUCCUGGGUCAUAAGCAGUGGAAAUGGACUCUGCCCACUGCACAAGGGAGAGAUGAACAAGGGAGGAGUCCAUGUCAUUUUCAGAAUUGGAGGCAGAAAGAAGAGAUCAGACCAAGAAACUCAGGGCUGGAAACACUGACCAACUCUCAAGGACUCUGCUGACGGCCACCCCCAGCUUGCUCACAGACACAAGAGUGUUCGGCCAAGAGACUGACGUAUAAGAAGAUACAAAGGAAAACACAAGCAGCUCAUUCAGUGCAACCCAAAAAAGAUGCCGUUCGGAGCCCUGCAUGGGUGAAUACGCCAGCAUACGGGAGCCAGGUCAUGAAUUUGUCAGUGGUGCAGAAUGCACUGGAUUGAUGAGCUAGACCAUGGAAGUCCCUCUGGGCAUCACCCUGCGUGCGGUGUGAGGGCACAUCUCAGGGGCUGAAACUCCUCCAAGGCUCGGAGCAGGACUGAGGCCCCCCGGAACCCAGAUGGCCGGGAGAAGAAGCAGCGGAUGGAAAUUCUCUGGAUCACAUACCCUGGAAGUGUUUAACAAUCUAGUUGGAAUAGUAAACAAACAAACAGCUCUCAGUUGUCGUCUUCGGUUUUAGAACGAAACAUCAAAACCCUGAACUUGAAGCACAGAAGAAAUCAAGGGGGUGAAAACAGCCACGGAGAGGGCCUGGUAGCCACCGUGCAUGUAGGACGAGGGGGGCUCAGCAAGCCUGAUGGCCCAGGGUGUCUUCCUCCCACCAGAACUGGGCCCUGGACACAGAGGCGGCACCAUCCGCGAGUUGCUGCUUCCUGGGAAACAGCCCCAGGUGAGCUUCAGCCUUUGCUUUCUUCAGAAAUUUGCACGGUCCUGGAGAGUGGGACCUGGAGUGUGGGACCGGCCAUCCACGCCUGGCCUCCGAAGGGGCAGACAAUUGAUGUGAUUGUGUAAAGGACUUAAAAUAGUUGAGUCAUUAAAAACUAGGACCACCUCUGGGAAGUGGAACAGUGAAAGGUCAAAUGUGAGAGGCAGGCGGGAAACCCGGGGGGCUGGAAGCAGCUCAGCUGCGGCAGAGGGGCCAGGCCUCACAAGGGAGCUACUGGGGCUUUGCUGCCCAUGUUCCUGUUCACAACAAGCUGUGUCUCUAUAGUGGAAGUGCGUUUCUAAAAUCUAGCAUUUUUCUGAAAAGACCUCUGAGAAACAGCACAUGGAGGGGGUCCAGGAGAUGCCAGAGACACCAGGGCCUCAUGCUGAAGCGCAUAACCGACACGAGCACCCCUUCAGGUGAACGAGCUUCUCAGAUCUCUGCCCAGUGCAGGGGCUGGGAGGGACAGGACGACCUGACGGCCAGGGUCGGCCACCGGGGACCAGAGGAAAGACACAGAGAGUGGACACAGCUCUGAGCACGAAACCUUGUUGAAGGCGUGUCUACGCCCGAGGAGUAGGUGCUUCGGGAUACCGCCAAGUUGAUUUGUUACUAAGAAAAUGAUCCAUGAAUGAAAAUAAGAAAGCCAACAGGAAUCCAGCUUUCUCUUCAGAAGCUUCCCUUCUCCCUACAGCAGCUUUUCAGGAAGGGCCAGAAUUCAGGGUGCUGCCGGGCUGCACGGAGGCCCCCCAUGGCUGCAGCCCUGUCUUCACAUUAACCUGCGUCUCCUGGGUAAUGGUGCAGUCGCUCUCCAGUCUGCCUGCGUCGCUCCUCUUGCUGCCGGGCUCCCAGUGGGACUUCGCUGGAAUUAGCCAAGAGGGAGCUCAGAGGUAAAUACCCAGAAGUGGGAUAACUGGACCAUAUUCUAGGAGCCUCCAUGCUGAUUUCCAUAAUGGCUGUUCCAGUUCACAUCACCACAGAGACUCAGCUUGAAUCUGUCUCCACCUUGAUGCUUUGACACUGGGGCACUGCCGGGCUGCUUGCAGGGAAUCGGCAUGUUUUGAUGAGGCAGCCCACCUCACCAGGGAGCAUCUCAGCUGCA